CUGACACAAAAGGGAAGCCCAGAGCUUUCCAUUCAGCCAGCCCAGGUGGGGGGCUGCGGGGCGGGGUCGGCUCUGGAAGUGCGCACCCGCUGGGGACCCUGCGGGCCGAGGGGCGGCCGGUGCGUCGCGGUCGCGCUCGGAUUGGUGCGGGCGGAGGGAGCGUCUGGAGCGCUCGUCUCUAUUGCCAGGCGACUCCGGUCGUUCCCAGGUCUGCGGGAGGAGCCGCGUGGCCCCUGCCUUCAGAAGAGGAGCCCGCGCCGGAGCCGCAGGAUGCGCGGGGACGCGCCGCCGCCCUCCGCGCCCAGUUCCGCCGGCGCUGCCCCGGCGGCUCCCGGCCGUUGAGUCCCCAAGCCUUCCCUGCCCCCCUCGCUCCUCGGCUGUCCGACCCCGAACCCCGGCGGACGCUGCUCCUCUCGCCCUCGCCACCGCGCGGACAAUAAAUUAAUGCCUCGCGCCUGAGGGGAGCGGGCUGCCCGGCGCCUCGGUCGCUGCUUUCUCGCCUGGCUGCAGACAUGGGCUGUUUCUGCGCUGUUCCGGAAGAAUUUUACUGCGAAGUUUUGCUUCUGGAUGAAUGCAAGUUAACCCUCACCACCCAGCAGCAGGGCAUCAAGAAGUCAACAAAAGGUUCUGUUGUCCUUGACCAUGUAUUCCGUCACAUAAACCUCGUGGAAAUAGAUUAUUUUGGGCUGCGUUACUGUGACAGAAGCCAUCAGACAUAUUGGCUGGAUCCUGCAAAAACCCUUGCGGAACACAAAGAACUGAUUAACACUGGGCCUCCGUAUACUUUGUAUUUUGGUAUUAAAUUCUAUGCUGAAGAUCCAUGUAAACUGAAAGAAGAAAUAACCAGAUAUCAGUUUUUCUUGCAGGUGAAGCAAGAUGUCCUUCAGGGCCGGCUGCCCUGCCCUGUCAACAUUGCUGCUCAGCUGGGAGCAUAUGCCAUCCAGUCUGAACUUGGAGAUUAUGACCCAUAUAAGCAUACGACAGGGUAUGUGUCAGAGUACCGGUUUGUUCCUGAUCAGAAGGAAGAACUUGAAGAAGCCAUAGAGAGGAUCCAUAAAACACUAAUGGGUCAGGCUCCAUCUGAUGCAGAGCUGAAUUACUUGAGGACAGCCAAGUCCCUGGAGAUGUAUGGUGUUGACCUCCAUCCUGUCUAUGGAGAAAACAAGUCUGAGUAUUUCUUAGGAUUAACUCCAGUUGGUGUUGUUGUCUACAAGAAUAAAAAGCAAGUGGGGAAGUAUUUCUGGCCUCGGAUUACAAAGGUUCACUUCAAGGAGACUCAGUUUGAACUCAGAAUUCUUGGAAAAGAUUGCAAUGAAACCUCAUUCUUUUUUGAAGCUCGAAGUAAAACUGCUUGCAAGCACCUCUGGAAAUGCAGUGUAGAACAUCACACGUUUUUUAGAAUGCCAGAAACUGAAUCAAAUUCAUUGUCAAGAAAACUCAGCAAGUUUGGAUCCAUAAGUUACAAACACCGGUACAGUGGCAGAACAGCUUUGCAAAUGAGCCGAGAUCUUUCUGUCCAACUUCCCCGGCCUGAUCAGAAUGUGGCAAGAAGUCGAAGUAAGACUUACCCUAAGAGAGUAGCACAGACACAGCCAGCUGGAUCAAACAGCAUAAACCGGAUAACUUCAAAUAUGGAAAAUGGCGAGAACGAAGGAACGACUAAAAUUAUCGCGCCUUCACCAGUAAAAAGCUUUAAGAAAUCAAAGAGUGAAAACAGCCCUGAUACCCAAAGAAGCAAAUCUCAUGCACCGUGGGAAGAAAAUGGCCCCCAGAGUGGACUUUACAAUUCUCCCAGUGACCGCACUAAGUCACCAAAGUUCCCCUACACUCGUCGCCGAAACCCCUCUUGUGGAAGUGACAAUGACUCUGUGCAGCCAAUGAGGAGAAGGAAAGCCCAUAACAGUGGUGAAGACUCAGAUCUAAAGCAAAGAAGGAGGUCACGUUCACGCUGUAACACAAGCAGUGGUAGUGAAUCAGAAAAUUCUAAUAGAGAGCACCGGAAAAAGAGAAACAGAAUACGACAGGAGAAUGAUAUGGUUGAUUCAGCGCCUCAGUGGGAAGCUGUAUUAAGGAGACAAAAGGAAAAAAAUCAAGCAGAUCCCAACAACAGGCGAUCCAGACACAGAUCUCGUUCGAGAAGUCCCGAUAUCCAAGCAAAAGAAGAGUUAUGGAAGCAUAUUCAAAAAGAACUCGUGGAUCCAUCUGGAUUGUCAGAAGAGCAAUUAAAAGAGAUUCCAUAUACUAAAAUAGAGACUCAGGGUGACCCAGUCCGCAUCAGGCAUUCUCAUUCACCUCGGAGUUACCGCCAGUGCCGCAGGUCCCAGUGUUCAGAUGGAGAGCGAUCUGUUCUCUCAGAAGUGAAUUCAAAAACAGAUCUUGUACCACCACUUCCUGUGACCCGUUCUUCAGAUGCUCAGGGUUCCGGUGGCUCUACGGUUCAUCAGAAAAGAAAUGGGUCUAAAGACAGCCUGAUUGAAGAAAAAUCUCAGAUAUCACCAAGCAGUCUGGCUGGAAAGCACACAGCAAAAACAAUAAAAACUAUCCAAGCUGCCCGCCACAAGAUAGAGACUUGAUCCUGGUGAAGGGCCAGAGGCAGGAGUGGGGCAUGUGUACCACUGGUACUUCUGAAACUGUGAAUUAGAUUACUUAAAUAUUUUGGGCCUGUUACAUGUCUCUUCAGCACAAGAAAAUAAGCAUUUUUGCUUAUUUAGCUUACUUGUGCUA